AUGUGCAAGCAAGAUGUAGAGACCACCUUACAUGCGCUUAAAGAUUGCACUUUGACAAGGAAAAUUCUCACGCUUCCUGGAUUAAGGAAUUCUAUUAUCAUUGACGUUGCUCUCUCUUGCAAGGAUUGGUCUGUGUCUUCAUCCCCCACUUCUAACGCUUACGUUCUGCAUGCCUCGCCUAGUGGAAAAUGGAACAAACCCCCUGUUGGAGCCAUUAAAAUUAACGUUGAUGGUGCUUUUCGUGCUCAUUCCGGGGAAGCGACAAUCGGGAUUGUGGCUCGAAACCACCACGGGAUGGUCGUGGGUGGUUUAGCGCGGAAGCUCCACUCUCCUCAAAAUUCAGAAUCGGCCGAGGCAUUGGCCUUCUCUUUAGGCAUUCACUUUGCGUGUGAGCGAGGGUGA